AUGAAGAAGUUAUUUAGUGGCCAACAGUGUCCUUAUAUCGGUAAAGUUUUCCAUGUUGGCAAUUAUUCUGUAACAGUGGAAGAGUUAUUAGCCGAAGGUGGCUUUUCCUUAGUAUUUCUUGUUAGAUGUAAUAGAACAGGCGAAAGAUAUGCUUUGAAAAGACUAUCAGUCAAUAAUACCCAAGAUUUACGCUCUUGCCAGAAAGAAAUUAGAAUAUCUAAAGAAUUAUCCAAACAUAAAAAUGUUAUCACACUACUCAGUUCAUCUAUCAAUAACAUAAAAGAUGAUAUAAUUGAGAUUCUUCUGCUAAUGGAAUGUUGUAGAGUGCAUGUUUUGCAAAUAAUGAACCAACACAUCGAUAAUGGAUUAUCUGAGCAACAAGUAUUAAAGAUAUUUUGUGAUAUAUGUGAAGCCGUAUCUGCAAUGCAUCACUUUAACCCACCUUUAAUUCAUAGAGAUCUAAAGGUAGAGAACAUUCUAUAUCGCACGCAAACUAAUGACUAUUUACUGUGCGACUUUGGAAGUGCUGCUGUUGGUGUUAUUCAAACAGCUGAUCAUGCAAAUAUCCCACAGUUAGAAGAAGAUAUUAAGAGGAAUACGACAUUAGCUUAUAGGGCACCAGAAAUGAUAGAUUUAUAUUCUGAAAAGCCGAUUUCGACAAAGGCUGAUAUAUGGGCUCUUGGUUGUCUGUUAUACAAGUUAUGUUUUUACUCCUUACCUUUUGGUGAAAAUAUUUUGGCAAUGCAAAGUGGCCACUUUUCAAUACCAAAUACAUCUAAAUAUUCAAAAAAUCUUCAUAAGUUAAUUCGUUUCAUGUUAAUAGUAGAUCCGGCUCUAAGACCGGAUAUAUUUCAAGUGUCCUAUGUGGCAUUCAAAUUGGCUGGAUUGCCCUGUGCUGUAAAGAAUGCUAAUGUAAGUAAAGAUUUUACAUAA